CCCAACAACAGACAAACAGUCCACACCUCAAUCACUCACACACAUACAUACGGAGUGACAGUAUCACCUUUACAUAAUAAUGUAAAAACCCUCUCCUCUCUAUAACACUACACAACUCUCUCUUUCUAGUUUCUACGAGCUUAUCUGAGAAACAUGAACGCCGCCAUCUCAUUCACCGGAGGCUCCAACUCCCCCGACAAGGACGGCGUCGUCGGCACCCUCGCCAUCCUCCUCGGAGACCUCAAGCUCCGCGCUUCCACCACCACCACUCCCGCCUCCGUCAUCGGCCCCAACAGCCUCGCCGACCUCUCGCUCUCCCUCUCCCUCGAGAAGCCUGGCUCCUUCGCCGUCGACUACGACGUCCCCACCAAAGACGUUCGGUUCCAGUUCAUGAAUUCGGUGAAUGUGCUCGACAAGCGGCUCAAUUUGACGUACACGCACGCGAGGCGCGCGAACCUGACGGCGCUGGACGCGAGCCUUUUGUUGAGUCCGGCGAACAAGGUUUGGGGGAGCUAUGGCUUGGAUUCCCGAGAUUGCAAGGUCAAGUACAGCUACGUCCAGGGCGGUGUUAGGACUUUCGAGCCCUGCUAUGACGUUGCCGGGAAUUCUUGGGACAUUUCUGUUUCUCAGAGGAUUCUCGACGGCGAUGUGAUCAGAGCUUUCUAUCGGACUUCGAGCAAGGUUCUUGGUUUGGAGUUGCUCUGGCAAGGGGCGAACAGGGAAGGAAGAUUUAAGAUAUCAGCAUCAAUGAAUUUGGCAGAGGGGUUGAAGGUUCCCAAGUUGAGUGCUGAGAGUACAUGGAACUUUGAGAUGUGAUUUUUAUUUUUAUUUUCUAGGAGUUUCCUUUAAGAUUCAUUCAGCUCACUCUUGUGCAUUUUUUGUUAGUAUCAAUUUUUUUUUUUUCCCCUAGUUCUAUACUUGAAUUUCCUUGCCCGUUUAUUUUAUAGAAAUAAGUACCUACUCAGGAUGGUUUCGGUAGUUGUAGUAAACUCUCCGCAACCGUGUUUGAGCGUCAGUAUAUAUAUCGCAAAUGAAAGUUCGCUGCUCUU